CAAAGGGUAAAACAUUUCUCUAUUCUCAUUCUCUCCAAGACAACACGCGCCACUCCCAACCCACUUCCCUUAGCCCUGCUGCUACUGCUGCUCAGUCCCUCACCAGAGCCGCUGCUGCUUGUCCUCAGUAGAGCCGCUCAUCCUCAGUGCACGGCGCUGCUCCUCAUCCUCAGUUCCGCUGGUUCACUAUCGCCGCUGCAGCUCCUCACUACUCCAUCGCAGCUGCUGCUCUCUCUCCACACUGCUCCAGUCUCGCCGAUCUGCUCCUCCUUCAUCUUCGUUGCUCUCUCUCGACACUGCUCUCUCUUGCUGCUUCCGUCUCCAUCGUUGCAGGUUUCCUGAUGGGGUUUUCUUUGAAUAGUUUAGGGGAUGAUUUUCAUUUGGGUUUAUGUGGAUGGAUUGGUUUAUUUGAAAUCUAGUUCUUCUCAUCUGGUGUGUGUAUGGGAGAUUUGUUGAAAUGAUGAGGUUCUUUUCAUAUGAUUCUUCUCAGACCACCGUUUGGUUCUUCUGAUUUGGUUUAUUUGAAAUCUGCUUUUCUCUCAUUUGUUGAAAUGUUGAAAUCUGGUUCCUCUUAUUUGGUUCUUUUCAUUUGGUGUGUUGAGGCUUGUUGUGUGUGUGUGUGUGGGAGAUUUGUUGAGAUGUUCAGAUUUAUUGAAAUACUCGGAUUUGUUGAAAUUCUGAUAUACUCAGUUUUGUUGAAAUCCUGUUUCUUUGUUUUGAUGCCGAUGUGUUAUGAUUUGUGAGCAUGAAUUUAGAUUUUUCAUUUUUUCUUACUUAUUUUAAAAUUUAUGUGUAUGUGUUUGAUAUUUGUUGAUGGGCUGAGAUUUGUGUACAUUUGUUCUUAAUUAUUUUAAAAUUUAAAUUUUCAUAUUUUUAAAAAUUUCAGAUUCGGGUUCAGGUAUUUUGAUUCGUGAAUUUAUAUUGUGAUUAAUAUUUCAGCAAAAUUAGUUAAGUUAAUAGGGUUUGUGCGGGUUUGGGAUGGAUUUGUGUAAUGGGUUUGGGAUGAAUUUGGGUAGUGAAAUUUAAUUUCUAAACAGGUUUGAUAUGGGAUUGGAUAGUAUAGAAAUAAACUGGAUGGGAUUUGGGUGUCCCAAAUUUCGCCCGUGCGCUACCCAGUAUCACUCCUAGUUAUGUGCUGAUAGCUUGAGUGUUUAUCAUGUUAAGAAUUCUUUUAAAAUAAUUUGUUAUUUUGAUUUGUGAUUCCCAAGAUACCGGCAGUCAAUGUGGUCCUAGAUAACGAUAUACUAUUAUUGUUUCCUUUGAUUGAUUAGCUUUAGAGGGUUUCAGUCAGAUUGUUUCCUUUUGUUUCAUAUCUGUGAUUUCAGCCUACAACUGAAGAACUAAAUUAAAAGUUUCGAUUUGGUUUGGUCUGUUAUGAUUGAUGAAUUUGGAUUUGGAUUCCCUUUCUUUUUUUCUUUCUUUCUUUCCUUGCAUUUUUUAACUAGUUUCUUAGUGUUUGAUGAAACAACUUCACAUUGCUCUUCUCCUGAUUGUGAACUCUGGGCACAUUUUUAUUGUUUAAAUUUUUUGAAUAAGUCCAUUUUUCUAGUCCUAAUCUCUUUGGCUUUUAGUCAAAUUCUCAGAAAAUAUAAAAGAAAGUAAGCAGGUUAUGGAAUUUUUCCAGUUGUUGAUAUUCGUUUUGAUAUGGAUUCAGACAGUAAGGUGGGAAUUCUAUUCAGGUUUGGAUGGUUUUUGACAAUUCAAAAUUUGUGUUUGAGCAAUCCCCAGAUUAUUAUCAUUUUUUACUUUUAACACUAAAAUUUAAUAGCUGGUUUUGGUAUCCUGAGUAUGAAAGAUAUCUAAUAUCUAGUUAAAUUCCUGUCAAGCCAUAAAUCUUAGACAUUUUGCUUAUUUCUUUUUUUAAAAAUCACUGGAGUUCUAGCUGAUAAUGUUUCUUAUGGUCCAAUUUCAGCUACAUUGUGACUGGUACUGUUAUUUAAAGCCCAUAUCUAUUUCAGUUAAAUUAAAUUCAGUUACCUGAGUUCCAUUUUUUGUGACUUUUUGUACUCAACUGCAUUUCUUGUUGCCCGCCAUUACAAAAUAUUCAAAAUUAAAAUGUACUGUGAUUGUAAACUAAUUAUCUUAAUGUUACAGAUGGGGGAGUUGGCAGUUGAUAAGCAUGUUAAAUAUAUUUUAUCAGUUCAAAAGAAGAGAAAGGAUAGUUUUGAAGCCGUCGUAAUGGAACACUUGACAAUGAAUGGAGCCUACUGGGGAUUGACCACGCUAGAUCUUUUAGGAAAGCUUGAUGUAGUUGAUUCAGAAGAAAUAACUGAAUGGAUCAUUCAAUGCCAACAUGAAUCCGGUGGGUUUGCUGGUAACAUUGGACAUGACCCUCAUAUUUUGUACACCCUUAGUGCUGUACAAGUUUUAGCUCUUCUGGACAAGCUGAAUGUUCUCGACGUUGAUAAAGUCUCAAACUACAUUGUUGGACUGCAAAAUGAAGAUGGAUCCUUUUCUGGGGACAUGUGGGGUGAAGUUGAUACAAGGUUCUCUUAUAUCGCACUAUGUUGUCUCUCUUUAUUGCAUCGUUUGGAUAAAAUAAACAUGGAGAAAGCUGUGAACUACAUCUUAAGUUGCAAAAAUGUGGAUGGCGGAUUUGGAUGCAUUCCCGGUGGGGAAUCUCAUGCUGGACAAAUUUUUUGUUGUGUGGGUGCCCUUGCUAUUACUGGGUCUCUUCAUCUGGUUGACAAGGACCUCCUUGGGUGGUGGUUAUGUGAGCGGCAAGUCAAGUCUGGAGGUCUAAAUGGCCGCCCAGAAAAACUUCCUGAUGUUUGCUACUCAUGGUGGGUUCUCUCUAGCUUGAUUAUGAUUGACAGAGUUCAUUGGAUUAACAAGGAAAAGCUUGUUAAAUUCAUCUUAAACUGUCAGGACAAAGAUAAUGGAGGGAUUUCAGAUAGACCUGAUGAUGCUGUGGAUGUAUUCCAUACAUAUUUUGGAGUUGCUGGUCUUUCCCUUCUUGAGUAUCCUGGAGUGAAAGCCAUUGAUCCAGCUUAUGCGUUGCCAGUUGAUGUUGUAAAUAGGAUUUUCUUGGGGAGGUGACUCAAUGAUGGUAAUCUUUGACAUCUUGAAAUCGGUUUUCAUUUCAUGAACCGAAGUUGAUUUCAUGUAAUAGUUCAGAAACCCAUCACACGUUAGUUGGUUAAAUGAUUUACAAUAUUGCAUAAUGUGGCUAUUUAGAUUGGUGUGGCUAUAUGUCAAAUUUCUGAAAAUAAUUAUAUAUUCUUCCUA